AUGGAUGAAUAUACUAGAUUGCCAUCAAAGUAUACGUUUGAUAAAGACAACAAUGUAUUCUUCUUAUCCAGCUCUGCCACUCAAUCAAACAUGACCAUCAACUACAUCAACCUAGACAACUGUCAAAAGGAAUCAAUAAUGAAGCCAUUGUUCUAUUAUAAAGCAUCAACUGGAAAGAUGUCAUUGGAGGAGGAGUUGAUGAGGGAGAGACAGAGAACUGUUGGCACGGGUAUCUCUUCGUAUCAGUUCAAUCAGGAUACUAAGCACUUCUUGGCAGCGAUGGGCAAUGACUUGUAUACGAUUGAUGUGGCCGGCGCAACAAUCGAACAGCCCAAACUUAAAAAGUUGAACGCCGAUACUUAUGAUCCAAAGUUGUCGUCCGAUUGCAAGAUGGUGGCAUUCAUCGAUAAGAAUGACCUGUGGGUGACCGACCUGCAGACCCAGCAGCGCCACCGUCUGACGCACUCGCACGACGUCUCGCCAUACCUGUCGUCGGGCGAGGCCAAGUUUGUCUACUCGGAGGAGUUCUCGCGCUACACUGGCUACUGGUGGGCACCAAAGCUGACCAGCGCCAACAAGUACCAGAUCUUUUACUUUGAGGAGGACGAGCGCAAUGUGCGCGACUUCCACAUUCCCGAGCAUGGAUACGAGGGCACCUUCACGCACUACAAGUAUCCGCUCGCUGGCGAUGAGAACUCACGUGUCAAGCUCGGUCUGCUGACAUUCACCACAGACAGCAAUGGCGCACUGAGCGUCGAGCGCAACAUGCUCGACUUGAGCACAGUGUUCCCGUGGGCCGAGUACUAUGUGCGCGGCGACUGGACGCCCGAUGGACAGGUGGUGUGGGUACAGCUGGUCGACCGUCUCCAGCAGCGUCUCGAGCUGGUCACCAUCCCCGUGUCAUGCUUUGGCAAUGCUGGCGGAGCCACCACAUCAGUGCUCAUUCAAGAGUCUCAGCCACAGUACUGGGUCAAUGUGACUGAUCACCUGACCUUCUUGGAUGGAUCAAGUCUGUUGUGGACGAGCGAGCGAUCGGGAUACAGACAUAUCUAUCACCUAUCAUGGUCGGCCGGCUACACCGACGUCAAGACUAGACAGUUGACGAGUGGCGAGUGGGUCGUGACCAACAUUGUUAGCGUGGACAAGCAGCGCAAGUUGGUCUAUUUUGAAGCCAACCGCGAAACACCUCUCGAGAACCAUCUCUAUGUGUGCAGCUACGACACGGCGCCCUCGACACAGGAGAUCCGUCGUCUAACGAUCGAGUCGCACGACCACGACCAGAUCGCCGUGUCGCCCGACCACACAAAGUUCGUCUCCAACUACUCAUCUGCAACCAACGCCCCUGUCAGUCUGGUGUGUCGACUCGAGUUUGCCGAGGGCGCACGUCUGCCCACACCCUCGCCACUGACAGCUAUCCUCACAGGCAAGCCCAACCCCAGCGUCAAGCUAAGACCAUCCACACUGUUCAAGUUCCAGAACUCCAAGGGUCGCCAGAUCUACGGCCGCUACCAGCUGCCCGAGAACCACGACCCAUCGCGCAAGUACCCAGUCGUCGUGCUGGUCUAUGGUGGUCCCCACGUGCAACUCGUUCGCAACACAUACAGCUUGGCACGUCAGUUCUACAGCAGCUUUGGAUUCAUCUCGGUCAUUGUCGAUGGAACUGGAUCGGACAACAGAGGCAUUGCAUUCGAGGGACAGUUGCGCGAGGCCAUGGGCACCAUCGAGAUCCCCGACCAAGUCGAGGCACUCGAGUACCUUGCCAACGCAUCAGUGCCCAUUGAUCUGGCACGUGUGGCCAUCACUGGUUGGAGCUACGGUGGAUACCUCGCACUUAUGGGCAUUGCACAACGCCCAGACAUCUUCAAGAUUGCGAUCAGUGGAGCACCAGUCACCUUCUGGGAGUCCUACAACACUGGCUACACCGAGAGAUACAUGAACACUCCAGCCAACAGUCCCAAAGGAUACAAGAAUGGCAAUGUCCUAUCUUAUCUUGAUCAAUUCCCUGAUGAGGAGAAUAGAUUGAUUGUUAUACAUGGAAUGCAGGAUGAGAAUGUACACUUUGCCAACACAUCGAUGCUUGUGGAGGAGUUGUCAUCAAAUGGCAAGCCAUAUAUUCUAAAGAUGCUCGGCAAGGAAAGACAUGGAAUAAGAGACUUUAACAAUAGGAUCACUAUUGAGUCAUUCAAACUCAAUCAUCUAUUGAAGUACUUGUAG